CGCGCAACUGCCACGGUAGCGCUGCUGAUCCCUUCGUACGCUCUUUUCCGAGUCCCCUUUGACAGCGCAUCUCUUGGCCAGCAUCUCCAAACGGCCUGCCCAGACAAGUUUGCGACUGUCGGGCUGCCUCCUGGAUCUCUUAACCCCCCGUAUCGAUUGCUGCAUCCGUCAUCGAAGCUCCGCCUUUCUCCCUGCUUCCAUCCAUUUCCCGCAUCCGCACUGCAUCCCGACACCCACCAUGGCACCCUCACGGCCCCGCGCAUCGCUGCUCUCGCUCCUCGCCCUCACGCCCUUCCUCCCGCACUCGGCAUGGGCCUUUGACUGCAAAGACAUCCUCGCCGACGGCGCACACUUCAACUUUAAAGACCUCGGCGGCCCGCACGUGGUGCACUGGGAGGAGUCGGAGAUUGAAAAAGAGCUCAAGUUCAAGUACAACUUUACCCUCGACAUUUGCAACCCGCUCAAAUGGCACAAGGGCGGCUCGCUCGAUACCGAGUGCCAUCACGGCGCAAGGGUUUGCGGCAUCCGCGAGAUGAUCGACCUGAACAAGGACAACAACCUGACCAUUACACCCAUCGACAUUGCUGGCACGUAUGCGCUGCAGAACGGAAGGAAAAUCGACGCCAAGUUUGAGAAUCUCGGCCACUCCAAGAGCAACUCUGAUGCGAGAGAGGGUGUCAGGGCGACUCUGAACGGCGGCAGGUUUCCUUUUGACGAUAAGAAGGAAGGCAUGGACCAGCGGGCUAUCAUUGAGUUUGUGUGCGACAAGGAUAGGUCGGGUCUGGAAGGCGGUGAGAAGGACGACAGCCCGCACGAAGACGGUGACAAGGACGAAAAGGAAAACGAUGGCGACAAGAAAAAGGACGACGAGAAAAAGGGCGAUGAUAAAAAGGAUGACAAAAAAGACGACGACAAGAAGGGCGAGAAACUAAAGACAAGAAAUGACAACACCAAGGGCAAGUGCGAGGACAGCGACGCCAGUCUGCGCUUCUGCGGAUACGAGGUUGAGACUGAAGCCAAGGACAAGAAGAUUCGCACGCUGAGGCUCGAGUGGCGGACCAAGUACGCCUGUGCCGACGCACCUGAGCCUGACAGCGGUUCUUCGUGGGGCUUCUUCGGCUGGUUCUUCAUUGUUGUUUUCCUCGGCAUCGCAGCCUACCUCAUCUUCGGCUCCUGGCUCAACUACAACAGAUAUGGCGCACGAGGAUGUGAUUUGCUCCCGCAUUCCGAGGCCCUGCGCGAUAUCCCAUACAUUGCAAAGGAUUUUGCGCGAAAGGUCAUGGAUACAGUGCAAGGAGGGGGUGCAAGAGGAGGGUACGCCGCUGUAUAAGGCAGAGAGUCAUCAUAUUUUCUCUCUCUCUCUCUCUCCCUCUCUCUUUCCCCCGCCCUCUCUUAUUCCUUUUAUCUUUUUUCUCUCUACACUUUCAACAUUGUAUCUACACAUACUCACUCCUAAAUAUGUGCAUUGGCAUAUAUGCUUUCGUUGUAUGCUGCGCGAGGCGCGGGUGCGGAGAUGCGGGGGGGGGGGUGGGAAGGCGCGCCAGGGCAAGGCUGGCUAGGGGCUUGCGGCUUGUGAGGAGGGAAAACAAGUCCAAGGCGAGGAGAUAUAAACCAAGUUUGUGGCUGUGCGUGUGUGUGUGUGUGUGUGUCUCUCUCUCUCUCUCUGGAAUCAUCGUAGCAAUGAGGGAGUAGGGUUGUUUCUUUCUUUCUUUUUCUUUUGGGGGCCAACUCUGAAUAGUUUCUAUUCAUUCCAUGGCAUGUUAGGGCGUAAAGAGGCUCUCUCUCUCUCUCUCUCUC